AUGGCCCUGUCCACCGGACAUGUUGCCAGCCAGCUACGGCACCUCAUUUACUACCAACUUGACAAUAACCUCAUUCGAAAUGCGCUUUUCCUUGCGGCGCGCCUCCAUGCUUAUGAACCGCGAUCAUUCGAGGCACAAUAUCUGCUGGCCCUCUGCCACCUACAUAAUGGAGAAGUGAAGGCGGCAUUUGAUGUCAGCCAGGUUUCGGGCUCACGCGGACUACAUGCCGGUUGUGCCUAUGUUUUCGCCCAGACGUGUCUAGACUUGGGAAAACACUUAGAUGGCGCCACAGCUCUGGAUCGCUGCAAAAACCUCUGGGUUUCCAAGAACCACUGGAAUAAACACAGUGAAACUCAGCGACAGCAUCUUCCCGAUGCUGCAGCCGUUUACUGCCUUCAGGGAAAACUUUGGCAUGCCCAUAAAGAUCUGACCAAAGCAGUUGACUGCUACGUGGAGGCACUCAAACUGAACCCCUUCAUGUGGGAUGCAUUCCUCGGGCUAUGCGAGACGGGUACGCUUUACCUUUGUACUGCAGUUGAGUCUUCUUCUAACGCGAUAGCAGGUGUUAAUAUCCGAGUGCCGAAUAUUUUCCAACUGAGCCCAGAAUUGCUCGCAAUAAUUUCUUCAUCCCCCGAGGAAUCAGCCAGUGCGCCGGACAACAUGGGUUCCGGAGAAGGAAGAUUCCCCCUCCACCCCCCGUCUGACCCUUUCAUGGUCUCUGCCUCCCGUGGCGAGCCGGACAUCACAUAUGGGAGCGCUGCUCUCUGGGAAAAGUUAAAUGGAAGCUCCGUCAAUGUUUCAUCGAUAGCGCAGCCAGUAUUUCAAGACGGAAUGGAAACCCCAGGCGGACAAAGCAGUGGCUCUGAAGAAUUUCGCAUUGCCAAUGGAGUGACCGACCCGGAUUCUACAUGGGAGGCACCCUUGGCCCCGGCCCGAAAGACGCGCACAAUCCAAACCAUGAGCCUCGAUCAUACCGGGCAACCUCCACCGCGGAUGCGCCCAACAGGUAUCCGACCCAGACAUAAAACGCGCACAGAACCAGACUCUCUGCCCACUGCUCCAAUGGAAAGAGAACCCACUCUUACAUCAAGAUUUGGCGACCGCAAGCGCACAGUCUCCGGACAAGUCGCCCACCCCCUCCCCCAAUCACAACCAAUUGAACCGGGUGCUCCUCAGCGCCGAAGCGUUCGCUUAUUUAAUCAAAUCAAACCAACCACCAGCAAGCUUUCAAACAGCACUCUCACCGGCAGAGAUGGCCGCGAAAUGAAAAAAUUGAGAGGAGUGUCCUCAAAAAGCCGGACAGGAUCCGUACCUACUGUUGGUCGUGUCGUAAGUGGCAAUCGCAAACCCAUGGAGGCACCCGACAACGAUGGUAAAGAUCAUCGUAACGGCUUACUGCAACCUCAUAAUGCUGUUCCUCCAUUGCCUAAAAAUGCCGAAAAGACAAAAGAGAUUGAAGCCUUGGAUUGGCUUCUGGGUCUUUUUAGUAAACUUGCAUCUGGUUAUUUCUCAUUAAGCCGUUACAAGUGCCUAGACGCCAUCAGCGCCUUCAAUUCACUUUCCCAAGGGCAGCGAGAAACUCCUUGGGUUCUUUCUCAACUUGGCCGGGCCAACUUCGAGCAAGCAAGCUACACAGAAGCCGCCAAAUAUUUCUCCCGGGUCCAGAAAUUAGCCCCAUCUCGCUUAGAGGAUAUGGAGAUCUACUCAACCGUUUUAUGGCAUCUGAAGAGUGAUGUCGAAUUGGCCUACUUAGCACACCAACUUCUUGAAGCUGACCGACUAUCCCCUCAGGCAUGGUGUGCGAUUGGUAAUUCUUUCUCUCACCAACGGGAUCACGAUCAAGCAUUGAAGUGUUUCAAGCGUGCAACAAUGAUUGACCCAGAGUUUGCAUAUGCCUUUACACUGCAAGGACAUGAGUAUGUUGCCAAUGAGGAAUACGACAAAGCACUGGAGGCUUAUCGUCACGGCAUUAAUGCGGACAGUCGACACUACAACGCAUGGUAUGGACUAGGUACAGUGUACGAUAAGAUGGGGAAACUUGACUUUGCCGAGCAGCAUUUCCGAAAUGCAGCCAGCAUCAACCCGACGAACGCGGUGCUCAUUUGCUGCAUUGGUCUGGUUUUGGAGAAAAUGAACAACCCCCAGGAUGCUCUAGUUCACUACGGCCGAGCCUCUUUAUUGGCUCCCCAUUCGGUCUUGGCCAAAUUCCGCAAGGCGCGAGUGUUGAUGAAGCUACGGGAAUAUAAAUUCGCUCUGGCGGAAUUAAAGGUCUUGAAGGACAUGGCGCCAGAUGAGGCAAACGUGCACUUCCUUCUGGGCAGGCUGUACAAAACGCUCCAUGACAAGGCCAAUGCUAUCAAACAUUUCACGGCGGCCUUGAAUUUGGAUCCAAAGCUCUUCUUCACUUACUUAACAACCGUCACCAUGUCUUUCGGCUCUUGUAUUGUGUCAGGCGUCAGUUACUUCGUGGUAGUGACUGUGUCUCUCUUUGCUAUCGGUCAGAAAGUACCCCGCGCCGCCUUUGUCGCUCGUUGUCUUGCCUCCUAUGGCUCCCUCCUCCUAGUUGCAGCGUACGGCGUGAUCGCCUCAAUCUGCCUGCGGCUAGUUGGAUAUGGACGUGUCUCGCAAUGGGCAGCUGGACGAGGCUUUAAAUGGCUGAUGCGUUUCACGACCGGCGUCAAGUUCGAGAUCGUUGAAGGCGAAGAACACCUCACCACACGUCCGGCCGUCUUCAUUGGAAAUCACCAGACUGAGCUGGAUGUGUUGAUGCUUGGCUGCGUAUUCCCACCAUACUGCAGUGUGACUGCCAAGAAGUCUCUACGCAACAUCCCCUUCCUGGGCUGGUUCAUGUCUCUUUCGCGCACUGUCUUCAUUGACCGUGCUAACCGGGAGACUGCUCUCAAAGCCUUUGAUGGCGCUGCUGCUGAGAUGCGUGAUCACCGCCAGAGUGUCUUCAUUUUCGCCGAAGGCACUCGGAGUUACUCCGACGAGCCCACCCUUCUGCCUUUCAAAAAGGGUGCUUUCCAUCUGGCUGUCAAGGCCGGUGUACCAAUCGUACCCAUUGUGACGGAGAACUACUCACAUAUCUUAUCGCCUCGUGCCUGGCGUUUCAACUCUGGCACUAUCAAGAUCAAAGUGUUGCCUCCCAUUCAGACUCAGGACCUGACUUCAGGGGAUGUGGAUGGCUUGACGCAAUCCACGCGUGAGUCGAUGCUCAAGACUCUUGUUGCAAUGUCCCACGCGCAGAAGAACGAGCUUGAUUCCUCCCACACCAACGGUGUUUCUAGCGCUAUCGAGAUUUAA